AAUAUCCUAUCUCUAAAUAUUAGAAUAUCAUGAAAAAGUAUACUAGUAGGGUAUUAAACAAAUCACUUGAAUUGUCUAAUUAACUCGAAACACCUGCAAGGGUUUCCUGAGCCUUGACAAACACUCAGCUGUUAUAAAUCUUUUUUUUUACUUGGUCUGAGGAAAUAUUAAAAUUUUAUGAGAUAGGAUUUUAGAGUUUUCUUAAGUUGCAAGCCAUAAUCAGCAAUAUCAAAAUAAUAAAAGGCUUGCAAUAUUUCAGUUGAUUUGUAAUGAAUCCAGAAUGCAUGACAUUUUUGUUUUUUUAAUUGCAUUACAGAAAAUAAAGAACUUUAUCACAAUAUUCUAAUUUUCUGAGACAGUCCUGUAUAUACUGUAUAUGUAUAAAUAUAUAUAUAUAUAUAUAUAUAUAUACACUCCUGGGAACUGAUAGAACAUAGUGUAUUUUAACUUCUUAUUUUGUGAUUUCCUUCUUAUUUAGAGUUAAAUAAACAUUUUACAAUUGAAACAUUAUUUUGACUUUAAAUUGUUGAGCAUGUGGACCACAGGACUGUUUUCGUGUGAGUGUUUAGUGUGUUUGUAAAAAAUAAUCCAAUAAUACAUUCAAUUUAAAAACCAAAUGACUGAUAUGCUUACCUCCGAUUAUCAGCCAUCCCGCCUGAUGCUGUUGGAGUGUGUUGGUGAACGCCCGCUGUGUGGGAGAAACUACCCGCCGCUACUGCCACCAGGGUUAACAGUAAAAACACUGGACUGUUUGAGAGGUCUCAAUAUCAAAAGAAGAUGGAAACAAGUUCAGGACAUCUCCAACCUCUUCUGGAAGCUCUGGCUAAAAGAAUACUUGCCUUUGCUAAAGGAGCGGUAAAGGUGGAGGAUGGAAAGAAAGUCUCGUUCAUGGAGACAUUGGACUUGUUGUAAAUGCUCCAGCGUCACAAAGUUCCUGGUUACUAGGAAGAGUCCUCAAGACCUUUCUAGAAGGACUGGUGAGAUCUGCACAUGUGCAAACUAAGUCUAUCACGCCGGGCAGAGCAGUGAGCAAACGUCUUCUCAAAGAAGCGGACACAUACGCAACUUCUUAUCCUUGGGUUUUGGGCUUGUGAGCGCCGCGGAGCAUGUCGGGCGAUAUUCUCACAAGAACUCAAAUAAAUUCCCCGUCAGAUAUCAAAACACAUUUGGCGGGAAUUGAUGACAGAGAGAGUAACUUUUAUUCUUAAAUACUUAUGAAUGAAGAAACAAUGUGUCUCCAGCAGAAAGGGCACUGUCCUCAUCCAGGGAAAAAGGGGAGGAGCUUGAGCACCACUAGGGGUCUACCUGUAUGUAUUGAAUUGUUUUUGUCCUCCUGACAUUAACAUUCGGGGGCCGGUGUGUUGGAGCCUAAAGGUAGUUCUGUUGUUUUCUGCUAUCUUUGAGGGAAACACCGGGUGAACUGGGACAUGAAGUUCCUACAUUUGAACACAGGAUGACGCGGUCACAUUAAAAAGGCCUUCAGGUAAUUUCUCUGAUGAGAACAGGUGUGGAUGGGAGGCCUACCGCUUUGGACCGUGGCCGUGUUGACGUGGUCGACAGGAUCCUGUGUUGUGUGUAAUGUUUUGCAAUUGUAUUCAACGCGCGACCCAACAUGUUCUCCCGUGCGCCCCCUGUGGCUUCAAUAUUUAAAUGAGUAAAGUGUUCUCCAGUCUACCGGUUGAAUUGGACGACGUCAGUUGGUCGUUGAGAUAUGAAUCCAUUCUAGAAUUCUUGCUCCUUCACAUUAUCUCCAUGGACUCAAAACACCUCUCGGGACCCAAGAGACCAGUCGACCUUCAAGAAACUCUCGUACUCCAGGAACUCGAGAUGAGCGACCAGGCCGAAUCUUCACCCAGGCGCUCCGUGUUCAACGACCUCCGUCUGGGGGGACAGUUUUGCGACGCGGUCAUCAACGUGGAGGACGUGGCGUUUGACGUCCACAGGGUCAUCCUGUGUGACUGCAGCGAAUACUUCAUUGCUCUCUUCGGACGCUGGUGCCCAGCAGACAAGAAGGUCUUCGUCAUACCGGGAGUGUCUCCCGACGCCAUGCGGCUCAUCAUUGAGUUUGCGUACACCGGCUCCGUUUCAGUGACUGAAGAAAACGUGCAGGAGCUGCUGCUGGCGGCCGACCAGCUCAACGUGAUGGCCGUCGUGCAGACUUGCUGCGACUUCCUCGGGGAGCAGCUCAGCGCGAACAACUGCAUCGGCAUCUUUGAGUUCACCGACGUCGUCUUCUGCCACGGACUGCAGCGCAGGGCCCACCGCUACGUGGUGGAGCACUUCGAGGAGGUGGCCCGCCACGAAGAGUUCCUGCAGCUGCCCCUGCAGCGACUCAUCGACAUCCUCGAAAGAGACGACCUCAACGUGAGGAACGAGAGCGUCGCCUUCGAGGCCGUCCUUCGCUGGAUCGACCACGCGCCCGAAACACGGAAAGCACACGUAGCGGUGCUCUUUUCAAAGGUGCGACUGGCCUUGACGAGUUUGAACUACAUGCGGCUCAAGGUUCUGUCCAAUGAGCUGGUGAGCACCAGCACGGAGUGCCUGUCAAUGGCCCAGGGUGUCCUCGAGGCCAUCGGUCACAUCAGGACCAGCAGGCCUUCUGUCGCUCAGCUCAGCAACCCUCUCCUCCGCCCUCGCCUCCCGAACGCCGUCCUGCUGGCCAUCGGAGGCUGGAGCGGCGGCAAUCCAACCAACGGCAUCGAGGCGUACGACUUCCGCGCCGACCACUGGAUGAACAUGACAGACAAUUGCGAGCGUCCCCGCGCCUACCACGGCACCGCCGUCCUCAACGGGAGCCUCUACUGCAUCGGCGGCUUCGACCGGGCGGAGCAUUUCAACAGCGUGCGCAGGUUCGACCUGAGGACGCGCGUCUGGCACGAGGCCGCCCCCAUGUGCCACCGCCGCUGCUACGUGAGCGUCACCGCGCUGGACGGAUGCAUCUACGCCAUGGGAGGCUUCGACGGGGGCACGCGGCUCUGCACCGCCGAGCGCUACAGGCCCGAGGCCAACCAGUGGAGUCUCAUCGCGCCGAUGCACGAGCGCCGGAGCGACGCCAGCAGCACGACGCUGCACAACAAGCUUUACAUCUGCGGGGGCUUCAAUGGGACGGAGUGCCUGCAGACGGCUGAGUGCUACCUCCCGGGGGCCGACCAGUGGACGAUGAUCGCCCCCAUGGGCAGCCCGCGCAGCGGACCUGGCACCGCUGCAUAUGCAGGUCUCGUGUAUGCAGUUGGCGGCUUUGAUGGCAACAACCGUCUGAACACUGCAGAGGCGUACGACCCCGUGCACAACAGCUGGCAGGAAGUGACGCCCAUGGUGACGCCCCGCAGCAACUUUGGCAUCGAAGUGCUGGACGAUCGUCUCUUUGUUGUCGGGGGCUACAACGGCAUCACCACCUGCUACAACGUGGAGAGCUACGACGAGCUGACCGCUGAGUGGACGGAGGCUUGUGACAUGGACAUUUUCCGCAGCGCCCUGAGCUGCUGCGUGGUGUCCGGGCUCCCCAACAUGGCCGACUACGCUGUUCCCCGGGACGCCCUGCCGCUGUUAUACGAGGAUGCAGACUCGGACGAACACUCCUGAACCGUACCAUCAUCCACACGGUUUUAGGACCUAAAACUACAAAAGAGAAAUAAAAUGUCUUUGUGCGUUAAUCUGCUGUCACUCCAGAUAACCCGGCUGCUAGCUGCCGGCAAAUACAAAGAAUACACACAU